UUAUAUUCUUCCGUUUUGGAAGUUCAGAGAGAUUCUAGAUCCGAUCAUUCCUCUUCCGUUGAGGUUACCUUGAGCGUUCCUCCUGCAACGCGGAGCCUGGAGGCGUUCCUCUACGCCAACCCCGUCCUCUUACCAUCCACCCGCUUCCUCCUCCUCUUACCACCUACCUUAUUAUCCUCCUCCUCUGGCUGCGGACCUCUCACAAAGGACCCCCCCCUUAUAAACAGUUGGUAACAGCUUUUUUUUUUAAGGUAACAGCUAUAUGGUAUGGUCCCGCGUGAAGUCUGCAGCUACCAAUUCACCCAUCUCCGCGGGCGCGCCGCUCAGCACGGUAAGCAUGAGUUCCUUCCUUUAGCCUUUUCCUUUACCGAGUCAAUGAUUCUCUGUUGUUUUAUAAGUGCAGGUCCAUAUACCUCCCAAGAUAACGAAGGUCGGAGAAUGGCCUUGACGAGCUUCGUCAAGGCCACGAAGACCCUCGCCGUCGACACCUUUCUCCAUCGAUGGUGUCGCUGACGAAGCCUGACGGUUCUACUACCUAAACGGUAAGUGCAAUUUCCAGCUUAUUCUUUCCCGGUCAGUACUGACCGGUUUUUUUGGCUUUGUUUUUUCCAGCUGUUUGUGCAGACUGUCGAAGACGUCCAAGUGAAGACCGUCCAAGACGUCCAAGUGAAGACCGUCCAAGACGUCCAAGUGAAGACCGUCCAAGACGUCCAAGUGAAGACCGUCCAAGACGUCCAAGUGAAGACCGUCCAAGACGUCCAAGUGAAGACCGUCCAAGACGUCCAAGUGAAGACCGUCCAAGACGUCCAAGUGAAGACCGUCCAAGACGUCCAAGACCGUCCAAGACUUACGACUGCCCAAGGGGGGCCUGUGGGGGUCGUGGGGGGGGAUGGGGGCAGGGGAAGGUGGAGAGGCAUGGCAGCCCCGGCCCUGUCCUCUCCAUCGAACCCUCCCUCUCCCACUUCUCCUCGGGUCCCCACGCCAACGACGGACCUUUGAGGUACUAUCAAUUUCGUGCUUUAUCGUUUCUGUUUUUUUUUGUUUUCCCGUACUAACCUAUUUCGGUUGGCUCUAAGAUGCAGGUUUCGGCAAGGGUGGAGGCUACGGACGCCAUGACUCCCUCCUCUCUCUUCCCCUCCUCCCGCCAUACCUCAGGUAUGCGCACAAGGGGGAGAGGAGAAUGGAUGGGCGGAAAGGUUAAGUAUGGGGACGGUACCUUACUGACGGCGUUACUACAGGCACGUUAUCUAGGACGAUCGCAGGGCGUUAUCUAGGACGGAUCGCGUUACCGAAGGGCGUUACAUAGGACGACGCGUUACCGAACGGCGUUACAUAGGACGGUCGCGUUACCGAACGGCGUUACAUAGGACGAUCGCGUUACCAAACGGCGUUACAUAGGACGAUCGCGUUACCGAGCGGCGUUACAUAGGACGAUCGCGUUAACGAACGGCGUUACAUAGGACGGUCGCGUUACCGAACGGCGUUACAUAGGACGAUCGCGUUACAGUAGGGACGGUCUCUCCUCGCAACCUCCUCUGCAGCUGCUCGUUACAAUCGCCAUUGACCUUCGCCACUCUGCAGCAGCAGCAGCACUCCUCUCUUCCCCUCGUGAGCAUGAGGCCUUCUUGAGGUGGUUUUCUGCCCGUGGCAGAACUAAUAAUUUUUCCCCUUUCCCCCCUUUUUCCCGAGCGAAUGACCCCCACCUCAUCGUGGUGCUCGGGUGAACGCUAGGGGCUUGCCCCUAGCGGCCAAGUGGGGUCAAGUUGUAAGUUGCAGGUUGAGAACAAGUAACUGUCUUGAGAACUACUCUUAUGUAAGCCCAUUGUUUUAUAAGUGGCAUCAAAUUGUCUUCAUGAUGAUAGCGGCGGUUUCAAC